AUGUUGAAAGCUGUUACGGGUAAUAGACUUCCCCAAAUCAGCACACAUUUAUGUGUCUCCACAAUUCGAUUCGCGUCAAACACCUCCUCAACUUCGACACUGCAAACAACUACCAAACAGACACCAGCACAUCACGAUGAUUCCAACUUGCCUUUAGAUAAACGAGCAAUGGAAACUCCCCAUACCACCCCGCAACGCAAUGGCAUUUUCGAUAUCUCAACCAAGAUCUACAACGAGUCAGAUAUUGAAAAACACGACGAUACUCAAUUCUUGACCAAACCCGCCUACCCGCAUGUUGGAUAUACUGAGGCUGGCUGCUACAGAGUUAAGAUUGCGCAUAGGGAGCCAAGGUCCAUUGGAGAUAAAAUCGCAUACCAUGGCACAAUGUUUUGUCGUGCUUGUUUUGACUUUGUUACGGGGUAUAAAGUUCCUCAACCUGGUGAGUCACUCGACAAAUACAAAGGUACAAGAUAUGAGAUGACCGAGGGUAAAUGGAUGACCAGGGUGAUUUUUUUGGAGCUGAUUGCGGGAGUUCCAGGAUCAGUUGCAUCAUUCUUGAGAACUUUGCACUCAUUGAGGUUAUUGAAAAGAGACAAGGCCUGGAUUGAAACGUUGCAAGAUGAAGCAUACAAUGAAAGAAUGCAUUUGCUUACAUUUAUCAAGAUUGGCCAGCCAUCCUGGUUCACCAAGAGUAUCAUCUACAUCGGACAAGGAGUUUUCACCAACUUGUUCUUUUUCUGUUACUUGGCCAACCCCAAAUACUGUCACCGGUUCGUGGGAUACUUGGAAGAAGAAGCAGUGAGGACUUAUACGCAUUUACUCGAUGAGUUGGAGGAUCCAAACAAGCUCAAAGGGUUCCAAAACAUGUUGAUCCCCACCAUUGCCGUCAAUUAUUGGCCUACUUUGACACCAGAGUCAAGUUUCAAAGAUUUGAUUUUGAGAAUUAGAGCUGAUGAGUCGAAGCAUAGAGAAGUCAAUCAUACUUUGGCAAACUUGAAACAGGAUGGCGAUAGGAACCCAUUUGCUUUACAUAUUAAGAAUUUUGAUAAGCCUCAACCUAAUUAUGGGUUGGAUGUUGUGAAACCUACCGGUUGGGAGAGGAAGGAUUUGUACCUUUGA